CUUUUUUAAUGCGACAAUGUAAUUAUCAUAUACAUACUAUUUUUUGCACCACUGAUCACAAAGAAAGAGGGAAUUCCCACAUUUUUAUGUCUAAGAAAGUUAUGUUUCUCUAUAUGGAGUUUGCUAUUAUAGUUUGUUAGUUUAGUUCACAAAGUAAUACUAAGGUUUCUUCUGCAUAUGCAACUCACAAAAUAUUUUUCUUUAACUUACCACUAAUAUGGAUAAAUAUUUAGUAAGAAAUGAUAAAGAAACUGAAAAUUUGCGGGCAGAUGUGAUACAUAUUGCAGAAUCCCCACCUCGCUCAAGUAAAAAUCGAAAACGAAAAUUGAGUGGUUACAAUAAAUCGUGGGAGGAGCAAGAAAUGUUUAAAUCGUGGAUCAGGAGAAGCGAUAAUAAUUUGGCGUACUGUAAAGUUUGUUGUUGUGAGCUAAAAGCAUUAGCUGGAGUGUCAGAUUUAAAGGCUCAUGCUUUGACAUCUAAACAUGUUGAAAGAACAACAGCUGUACAAAUUCAAAAAAGUUCUAAGGUAUCACUAAGCGAUUCAGUAAAGUAUAGUGCCAAAAUAUCAAAUAUUGAACUCCAUUUAGCAGCGUUCUGCGCAGAACAUAAUGUUCCAUUUUCGGCAAUGGAUCAUCUAGUUCCUUUACUCCAAGAAACUAUUGAGGAUUCGGCGCUCGUAAAGAAAACAAAAUGUGCUAGAACAAAGACAACAUCUAUAGUGAAAAACGUUAUAGGCGAGACUCACCAAGAAGAACUCUGUAGUAUACUACGUGCAAAAAUGUUUUCUUUGUGCGUCGAUGAAUCAACGGACGUAUCAACUACUAAGUUGUUAUCUCUAGUCGUAAGAGUUGAAUAUAAAGAAAAAAUUUGUGACUUUUUUUUUGAUUUGGUUAAAGUGCGUGAUUGUACCGCCAAAGGGAUUUAUGAAGAAAUAGUAAAUAUUUUCAAAAAUAAUAAUAUAAAUUAUAAAACAAACUUAAUAGGUUUUGCUGCGGAUGGUGCCAAUGUAAUGACUGGUGGUAACCAUUCUGUUGCUACACUGCUGAAAAAAGAUUGUCCACAUUUAAUUAUAUUUAAAUGUAUUUGCCACUCGUUCGCUCUUUGCGCAAAUUCAGCAUGUAAUUUUUUACCGAAAUAUAUUGAAGGUGGUGCGAGGGAUAUAUACAAUUUUAUUCAAAAUAGUCCCAAACGAGUUGAAUUAUUUUCAGAAUUACAAGCGUUGCUGGAUUAUAAUCCCAGAAAAAUGUUGCACCCUUCCCAAACGCGUUGGCUAUCGCUCGAAGCUACUGUAAAUCAGAUUUUGAGCAGAUUAGAAGUCUUAAAACUAUUUUUUUUACACGAAGACGUAGAAAAGUUUGAUUCUACACAAAGAAUAAUAAAUUAUUUACAU